CGCGCCCCCGGGUGCGCGCGGUAAGGCUGGGCAGGCGUCGCCAUGAUGAACAGCGGCGGGAUCGGGGUCCCCUUGGGCUUCCCCCUGGGCCCCACGUCUGUCAUCCAGGUCACCAACCUCUCCUCGGCCGUGACCAGCGAGCAGAUGCGGACGCUCUUCGGCUUCCUGGGAGAUAUCGAGGAGCUGCGUCUCUAUCCCCCGGACAACGCACCUCUUGCUUUUUCCUCCAAAGUAUGUUAUAUUAAGUUUCGUGAAGCAUCGAGUGUUGGUGUGGCCCAGCAUCUAACUAACACGGUUUUUAUUGACAGAGCUUUGAUAGUUGUACCCUGUGCAGAAGGUAAAAUCCCAGAUGAAGCCAAAGCCCUCUCUCUAUUGGCGCCUGCUCCUACUAUGACAAGUCUGAUGCCUGGUGCAGGAUUGCUUCCUAUACCUACACCAACCCCCUUGACUACACUUGGUGUUUCACUUGGUACUUUAGGGGCUAUACCAGCAGCAGCAUUGGAUCCUAACAUUACAGCACUGGGAGAAAUACCACAACCACCAAUUAUGGGAAAUGUGGAUCCAUCCAAAAUUGAUGAAAUCAGGAGAACAGUCUAUGUUGGAAACUUGAAUUCCCAGACUACAACAGCAGAUCAGCUGCUUGAAUUCUUUAAGCAAGUUGGAGAAGUCAAGUUUGUGCGAAUGGCAGGUGAUGAGACGCAACCAACACGAUUUGCUUUUGUGGAAUUUGCAGACCAAAAUUCUGUACCUCGAGCUCUUGCCUUUAAUGGAGUUAUGUUUGGAGACCGGCCACUGAAAAUAAAUCACUCCAAUAAUGCAAUAGUGAAGCCUCCUGAAAUGACACCACAAGCUGCUGCCAAGGAGCUAGAAGAAGUGAUGAAGAGAGUAAGGGAAGCCCAGUCUUUUAUAUCUGCUGCUAUUGAGCCAGAGUCUGGAAAGAGCAGUGAAAGAAAAGGCGGUCGAUCUCGUUCCCAUUCUCGUUCAGAAUCCAGGUCUAGCUCAAAAUCCCGAUCUAGGAGGAAAAGAUCACACUCAAAACACAGAAGUAGAUCUGGCAACAGGUCUCUCUCAAGACACAAGGACAGACGUAGAUCCCGAAGUCCCCUGAAAAAACGAUCUAGAUCUACAGAAAGACGGAAAUCAAGAAGUCGCUCUCGUUCUCGGGACAAGAAAAGAGACAAGGAAAAGAUCAAGGAAAAAGAAAAGGCCAAAGAAAAAGACAGAGACCGAGACAAGGAGAAGGAUAGGGAUCGAGACAAAGACAGGGAGAGAGAGCGAGAUAAAGAGCGAAAUAGGGAAAAGGACAAAGAGAGAGAUAAAGAGCGAAGCAAAGAUAGAGAGAGAGCCCGAGACAAAGACAGGGACAAGGAUAAAGAUAGGGACCGGGAAAAGGAAAAAGAUAAAGACAAGGAAAAAGACAAGGAAGAGGUAGAUCAGAACAAAGAAAAAGAAGAUGCUGAGAAAGAAGGAGAGAAGGACAGAGAGAAGAUUAAGGACAAGGAGGGAGAUAAAGACAAAGGAGGGGAAAAAGAAAAGGACAGAGACAAAGAGAAGGAAAAAGAUGGGGAUAAGGAGAAGGAGCGAGAAAAAGAGAGAGAUGAUAAAAAGAAGAAAGAUAAGAGAUCCAGAACACCCCCAAGAAGCUAUAGCUCUUCAAGAAGAUCUCGUAGCUCCAGCAGAGAAAGGCGUAAAAGGAAGAGCAGAAGUCCCUCCAAAUCUCCUAAAACAUCAAAAACAGCAAAAAGAAAGUCUUCACGAAGUCCGUCUCCAAGAAGAAACAAGAAAGAAAAGAAAAGAGAAAGAGAUACAAAUAAUGAAAGAAGAGAAAGAGAACGCUCCACUUCGAAGAAAAAAAGUAGUAAAGAAAAAGAGGGAAAGGAGAAAUCUGACAAAAGCACCACUGCUUUUAAGGACAAAGAUAACAAUAAAGAAGACCAGAAUUUGGAAACUGACAAGGAAGUAGAAAAUAGAGAUACACAAAGGACAGAUGAAGUCAAACUACAACAGAACGGGAACUGUCAACCAGAUGAAGAAAACCUCUCAAUUAAAAUGGAAGAGGUUUAAUGCAAAGAAUGGACUUCUAAUUCAACUAAGGAAUGAAAUCCAAAGCAUUUUAUUUCCCAGAAUGAGGAAGAAAAUGUCAAAGCAAUCAACCUGAAUGUGUUGAUAGUACUAGUAGCUCCUCCAAUUCUUGUGAUAGCUUUGUUGUCUUCUUGCUGUAAAGCAAGAGAGCACAGACCAGUAGCUAAUACCAUGAAAAGGCAGAUGCCAUCAGAACUAUUCAUCUCUGAAAAUCCAUGCAUUUCCAUGAUGGCUGUACUUGUAAAAUGAUUUAUGUUAAGUUUUACUAUAAGCUGUUACAAAUAACUAGGAACUGAAAGAUGUAAACCUGUACUUCCCCAAAAAAGCUGAAGAUAUGCAUUGAAGGUUGUUUAAAAUAUUGCUUGUUGAUGCCUUUUCUAUUGUUUUGCCCUGUAGGUUAAAAAAUCCACAAAAACUUUAAUGUGUGCUGUUUGAUGUGCUUGAAAAUGGUGCAUAAAUAUACACACUUUCUUUCCUUGUAAAUGACAACUGUAGGGAAAGGGGGUUUAAGCAUAAACACGGUUUUACUGUUCUUAUGUUAAAUACUCACAGAUUAAUGUUUUUCAUUUGCUCACUGCUUGAGAUUCUUAGGGUUUCUUAUUUAAAAUAAUUUCUUACUAAUACCCCUGAAAUUAAUAUUUCUUUUAAGGUAUUUGAACAGUGCAUGCGCUUUUUCUGUUCCUAAAAGGAAUGUUGUCAUGUUGUAGAUGUUAGGUUAGCUUACAGGGUUAUUUUGGAGUUGUUUUGUUUUGUUGUUUUCUUUGUCCUUAGAGAAGUGAGCACAUCUAUAUGACAAUACCAGAACUUCCAGCUUUGUUUUGCAAUGUACUGCAGUGUGUCUGUUCAGCUAAAAAUAGUACAGGUGCCAUUAAGAAAAUAUUUUUUUUCCUUUUUGUUAAAAAAAUAUGGGAGCACAAGCAGAAGCUUUAGUGCCUUCUUAAAAUGUGGUAUUUUCUAGAAAUGUAUAUGUGCUGUUACACAUUUUCAGCUAAAUCUUACAUGAUCUCUCUUGCUACUUUGGCACCACCAUACUGUAGACAAAAAUGCAAGUGACUUGCCAGAAUGGUUGUUUGAUUCACUUGUUAAAAUACUGAAGCUCCAUUUUACUUUUAUUUUUUAUUCUUAGAAGAGAUUUUUGAAUAAGAGAAGAGAUUUCAUUUGGGGACCACCACUGUUACAAAGUAAUAGCUGAAUACAAAGUGUGCUCUGAUCACCUUCAUCAAAGAAAGCCCUUAAAACAUUUAAUAUACAUUUGGAUGGCCUUAAUUGUUACCUCUCUGUUAUUUCUCUGAUACCUGUUGGGGGAUAUAAAAGGAAUGGCAUGCAAAGAAAUGGGGGAUAAAUAAUUUGAGGAAGGAGGUUCUAAUUUACACAGGGCUUACAUAGUAGAGAUUCUUUUAUCAUUUCUUGUGGAGAAAGCGUACAAGAAGGGAGUGAUGAAACAAGUGUUUAUGUCAUGGCAAAACAUGGCUUUUGUUUUCUGGAGUAAUUUAAUUGGUUACAUGAGAUUUCUGAUAAGUUACACUUCUAAGACAUAAUUAUACCUAAAAUCGCGUAGAUUAUUUUUAUUACUACUAUUUUAAUGCAAUCAAAUUACUUAAUUGCCUUACCUCAUGGGAAGUGUUAUUUCUUUCAGUUAAAAUAAAAAACUACAUGUAUUGGCUAUUUGCUUUUUACUUGUUUUACUUUUCUUCUGCAUAGUUAAUUUUUUUCAGUGGAAGGGAAGCAUAUUACAGGGAAUGAGAACUUUGCCCAAUUGCUAAGGUAAUGAAAUCCAAUUUGAUUGUGAAGCUGCUUAAUCACUCCCAAUUUUUUAUAAGAUUUUAUGUUCUUGCCACUGUGUACAUUUAAGACAACAGAAAAUGCUUUACCAUGUAAAGUAUAGAACAGCCAUUUUUGUGAUGUAUAAGCCACAUGCUGUUGGCUGGUAAACAGCUAAUUCUGAUAAAAGAAUAAAAAAAUCUGUAUGCUUACAGGAAGACUGUGAAAGAUUGUGUCUUGCAACAACAGCUGUCUUAUUUAUGAUGUGUAAGUAGCAUAGAGCAAAGAGAUUGUUUGUAUACUUGUUAUCUUUGGUACCAUUUCACUAAUAAAAUAAGUAUUUUAGAGGGAUGUUUCUGCUGGUACAUACUUAUUAAAGGAAUAUUUUUAGACCAUCUGGUCUUAUUCAUAGAGCUUCUUUCAUUUGAAAUGUAGAAAUUAGUGAAAACAUACAUGUAUUAUUUAUGUUUUCAUUGAAAAGCUGAAUUUCUCUCUUGGGAAGAACUAGAAUUCCUUCAGUGUAUCUGUUUUAGCUGGUAGUUGGUUUCCUGGGUUUUGUUGCCCUGAAAUAGUAUAGCUCUAUGACGUAUCAGUUAUAAAAUAUUUAAAGGAAUGCAUACACUUAGCUGAGAAACAUGCAUUUGGAAGUUAAUAGUUAUGGAUGGCAGCCUUAAUUUACUAGCUAGCUAAUCGCAUGUGUGAAGCUGUAUACAGCAUGUUAUUAUAUUGUAUGUUUAUUAUGGUUCCCUUACAAAAAGUAUGUUGGGGUUUUUAGGGUUUUUGUUAAGGAAAAAGCAGCAACCAGCCACCAAAUACAGAUUUCCUCCCCUCCUCAAGUCAUACUUUCUUGCAAAUACUGUAUUUUCUGGUUUUGUUUUGUAAAUACUGUGUGGAUCUAUGAGGUAGUUAACAAUCUGUCUUACAAGGUGUUUCUAAAAAGCCACUCCUGGAGAACUGUUAAUGUAUAAAAAUGCUUAUUUCUGCAGAGAGUAGCGCACUUACAAACUGCUAGCAUGGCACAGUAAUGAAGUUCCAGGCUGCUCCUACAGAAUUGAGUGGAUCAUCCGCUGAAUGUGUCCAUCUUCCAUGACAAGUCCAUUGCCUUCAUCCAUUAGCAAGCUUGUGUGCUGAGCUACCACGUCAGACCAUUUGGUUUUGCACUUUGUAAAUGGGAUUAACUUGGUUAGAGGUUUUGAGAAGUGUGGUUUAUGGUAGCUGUACUGUUAUACAUGUAGUUUCAUCUGAAUCAGCCCUUACUUGAAAGUGUAAAUUACUCAGAAGAGUUUUAUAUGUUGCCAUUUUGCUAAGAUCACAUAAAGCACAUAAACAUAACUUUCCAUUAGUGCCCAUAGCUAUUUUCUCAGGAGGGUUCUGGAUAGCAGACAGGAUUUUUCUUUGCAUUCUGAAAGAAGAAGGUAGUAGAAGAGAACUGCUUGAUGGAUCAAGCAGGAUGUCAAACUCAAAAUAGAGGUGUCUGUGGCUUAAAUGAUUGCAUCAGAGUCAAUGGAUUCACACAGGUAUGAGGCAUGGAAUUUUAUUUGCAAACACCAACAGUAGUAUAUUAUGUAAAGAAUUCUUAGUUUUCAUAUGUUGGAAUUGGAAUUAGGGGUUAUAAAAGCACUUGCUUAGAAACUAGAAAUAUCUGAAAAAUGCUUGGGAAAUGAGUGAGAUUGUGGGUUUUGCCUGUUCAGUAAUCACCUGCUAAUUUUUUUGAUGGUAGUUUCACAUAGAUAUGUCUGAACUAGCCUUAUAUUAGUGGGCUGACAGCAGCCUAUACACAGCUUGGAUGUUGAAAUGAGCUGUGGACACUCCAGUGCCAUUUACACUGGUGGAAUGAAGUUAAAUUUGUAGUUUGUAGUGUGCUUUGCAUUGCUUGCUAGUGUUCUCUGGCCCAGUUACAAGUUGGGCAAUACCUGAAAUUACUUUGAAACUCUUCAGAUCUGUUACAUAGUAGUUUCUCUCUUUUGCCCUUAGCUUGUACUGCUAUCUGUAAUAGAUUAGGGAAGCGCGUGAUUUUUUUAUUUUUUUUGUCUUGAGAUAAGUAAAGCUUGCUCUGCAUGUUAUAAAUUAGCGUAUACUUAUUGCCAGUCCUUAUUUAGUUAUUUUUCAUUUAUGAGUAUGACCCUUGCAAACAGUAAUGCCAUAAUGGUAUGUGUGUUGUCUACUUCUAGGUCUGAAGUAUCUCUGCACCGCUUUUGUAGUGAAACAAGAUCAGAGUUCAUGUAUUGUUAGAGAAAAAAAAAUCCAGACAAAAUAAUCUUGAAUUUUAUAAAUGAUAGUGUGAUAAUAGCAUUAUAGUGGUAAAAACAAUCAGAGAUGUGAAUUCUGAAUCAUUAUCUGGGGCAUAUGCUACUUGGUACUUUCCAUUUUAUAGCAAUCAGAUAUCAUCUUUGAUGUUAUAAUUUUGAAAGUGAAAAUUUGAUGUAGUGGCAUAAACACUGAAAUCUGUAAAUGGCUGAAAUCAUGUCAAUGUGUAGACACUUAGUUCAGAGAGAUGUAGUUUUCUCACUGGAGGCUGGAGUAUGGAGAAUUGAAUACAUGUAGAUAUCAUUAGGUGUUAGUGCCUAAAGAGAAUCUGAAAUUUAAUUUUGUUUGCUAAUACAUAAACAGGCGUUUUCAGCUUGUAGUUUAGCUUAUUUUUAUAUGUUGAAAAGUGUAAUUAAAAUUAUAUUGAAAACUAAAA